GAGGAUGAUUUUGAAACUAAUAACCUGAGUUCAGUUACUAGUAGCUCGGAAAGUGAAGGUGAUGUAGGAUCAGAUAGUAGCAAUGAAGAAAGUUUGAGAAACGAUUUGGCUGAUUUGGCAGUUACAAGUAAAAUGACGCAUGUUCAAGUGAACGGAGUGCUUAGUGUCUUGCGGAAGCAUGGUUUUGAUGUUCCAAAGGACAGUCGAACUCUUGUAAAAAGCACAAGAACAAUAGUUACAUACAAAAAAUGUGGUGGUGACUAUUUGUAUUUUGGGCUUCGAAAAAUCAUCACACAAUCUUUAGAAAUAGAUGACAGUAAUGAAAUUCUGAACUUGAAAGUAAAUGUGGAUGGUAUACCUUUGUACAAAUCAUCUAGCUUACAGUUUUGGCCAAUAUUGUGUUCGAUAAAUAAUUCUACUCCUAUGAUUGCCGCUCUUUUUAGUGGAAAUUCUAAACCAAACUCUGUAGAUGAUUUUUUGCAAGAUUUUAUUUAUGAGGUUAAGGAACUCCAAGAGUAUGGAUUUAGUUAUAAUGAAAAAACUUAUACCCUUUUAUUGCAGGCAUUUAUAUGUGAUUCACCGGCUAGAGCUUUUUUAAAAAAUAUUAAAGGUCAUAACAGUUUGCAUGGGUGUGAACGAUGUUGUGCAGUUGGAUUGUCAGUUAAUCAUCGUACAAUAUUUGUUAACCCAGGUUGUUUUAAUGCAGAAAGACGCACUGAAGAUAAAUUCUUCAACUUGGCAUAUAUUGUCUGUUGCUGUUACUAUUUUGCUUUCACCUGAUAAAGAUAAACGAGUUCAAUAUCUUGAGUAUGCACA